ACUAGCAAAAGCAUGCCGGCAGCGCUGCGCGUGCUCAAGCGCUGGCGCGGCUAUUUCUCCAAUAGUGAACUGAAUAGUGCUAAAAACUGACGCCGAGAUCACUGCCAUCCGUUGCUUGAUCUGUGCGCAACUUUCAGAGGCCAGGGGCUGCACGCUGCAGCCACGCCGUCGACGACAAGUGAGCCAUGCGCGGCGCAUUUGUCCUCUUACUUUUCGAGAGAUCGGCUACGCUUAUGCCACGAUCAUCUGGUGUGAUGCGAGCCGCGCCGGAGCCGAACGCCGAGCGCGAGCCGGCAGCUGAACUGCAGCCGGCAGCCGCGCCCGAGCCGGACACACGACCAACGUCGUACGACAACAAAUAUAAUUGGACAACAAGCGCGCAAGCGCCGAUGGGCGCGACCACGGCGCAAAACCGCCUGGCCGCGCUCAAAGCCGCCGCGGAGACCGACGAGCGGAUCAUAAGAGUGCGCUGGUCGGACCCGCGGACGAUCGCGGGGCUCUGCGUGUUCAUUCCCCUACUAUUCUUCGACGAGUUCCUCGCGAUCUCGCGCGGCUUCAUUUGUGCGUCGAAAAAUAUCGAGCUCGCGGACUUGUGUUCGGCGGUCCAGGGAAUAGGAUAAAUACACAGUUAUAUGUACCAAGGGCGAUGGACGAUCCCCCCACCAUGUGAC